GUGUGAACUUGCAGUGUCAAGAGGACUUGUUUCGUGCUUUGAAGGCUUGUGGAUAGGCCAGAGCAUCAGCUCUGGCCGGUUUGUUGACUCCGUCGUCGAACUAGCAGGCGUGUUGUCAGGUUGAAGAUAUGGGAGGGUCCGGUUCGACGAACCGUGCUUCGCGGAAUGGGCGGGACCAGGUGAGAGGAUCACAGAACACUCCCGCACACCGAAAGGAGUGCAGUCCGUCUGUCAGCAGGGCACACAGCGUGUUGCUUCAUGUUGUGUUGUGUUGUGUGUGUUUGUCAUUCGCUGUCCAGGGGCCCACGGCUCCUCCGCAGCAGGUCUAUAUUUUUCAAAACGGCAGCUAUGCGCCGCAGGUCAGUCACACAGACACACGGGCAUCACGACCUCGUAAGAUGCUUCUGACACUCUCUGGCGCGUGUGUGUGCGUGUGUGUGUGUCAGGGUGGUCGUCCGUAUCAGAUGAAUUACAACACCGCCGGAUACUACCCCAACAUCGGGCCGGCCAUCGCCCCACCGGGGCAGCACAUGAGACAACAAAUCGCUGUCAGUCACACACACGAGGGAGGACCGAUCCUGAAGGAACAGACAGACCAUCGGUAGACGCCACUCUCUCUAUCUCUCUCUGUCUGUGUGUCUGUGUGUCUGUCUGUGUGCGUGUGUGUGCAGCCAGCUCAGCUGAAGAAGACGUGUGUGGUCAAGAACCCCGUCAACCUCAAGAAGAGCAGCCUCGCCAUGGAAAAGGUCAGUCAGUCAGUGCUGGCCGCUGACGACGGGCGGCAUGUUGAUUGAUUGAACUGAUUGAUAUGUGUGUGUGUGUGUGUAUGUGGUUGUGUGGUUGUUUGGUUUGGUUUGACUGCCUUGCCCUGUAGGAUCCUGUGUCGGCCAACAUCUACUACAUAGAGUUUGACUUUGACGCGUUGGAUGAGGUCGAGAUCACCAUCUACUUUGUCGCCAAGGAAGCAGAAGACAAAAACACCAGAUUGCCACGGUAUGUAUGUAUGUCGCUGUGCCUGCCUGCCUGUCUGCCUGCCAGCGAGCCUGCCAAUGGGAGACAGACAUACAGGCCAACAAGAGGUAUCGUUCAUGACCUUAGUGGUAUGGCUGUCAGGUUCACGUGUGAGAGCAAGGAUUCCGCCGUGUCGAGAAGGUUCCCCAAGGGCAUGAAGCAGCACUACAGGUGCGUGGCGUGGGAUGGAUGGGACAGCUCCAGUCAGUCACGUUCGCUGACUCACCGAGCGAUCGUGUGGUGUCUGUCAUGGUCGUGUGUGUGUGUGUGCAGGUCCUCGAGCAGUGAGGCGCUGAACCUGCUGUCACACCCGCUGGACAAGCUCACAUACAAAAAGGACGCUGACACCUACCCAGUGGUCAUCGAACUGGUAUGCUCCUGCCAGACAGACAGACAGACAGACCACUGUGCCGUACGUGUGUGUGUGUGCAGCAUGCGAUAGGUGCGGGCGACUUUGUGCAAUCGCAGUACACGUAUGCGAGUCUUGAGAUGGACAAGGCGAGCAACAACUGGUCCCUUCACACACUCAAGCAGAAGGUCCAGUACGGCGAAAAGAGCUACGAAGUCCAGGUAGGACGCCAGCUAAGUAGCUCAGCCAUGAACGCCAGCAACGCACAACACAACACCCACACACACACGGAUCGAGGGCGUCUGAUCUUCAUGUGUGUGGUUUAAUAUAUGUGUGUGUGUGUGUGUGUGUGUUGUGUGUGCAGGAGAUCUAUGGGAUCGAGAAGGCGGGAGGGAGCAGUGAGAGCCUGGGGGACGACCUCUCAUCAGGAAGGUACCCACCACACCGCGUGGCUGCCUGCACACUUUCAGACCAUGCGUCGCGUCAUCCCUAGUGUAUGGGUGUGGGUGUGGGUGUGCGUUGUGUGUGCAGAGAGUGCGUGAUAUGUUUGUCUGAGGAGCGCGACACCGCCGUGCUGCCGUGCAGACACAUGUGCCUAUGCAACGGGGUAAGCCAUUCCAGGCAGCCAGCCAGCCAGGCAGGCAGUGAGUGAGUGAGUGAUUCUGCCUGCAUCCGUCUCUCUCUCUCUCUCUCUCACUGUAUCUGUGUUAAGUGCGCCAACAUCAUGCGGAUGCAGAGCAACAAAUGCCCCAUAUGCAGACAGCGUACGUAAAACCACCCACUUAGCCACACACAUACGAUACGCACACCAAUCCAUUCACCCGUAUGCGCACCUGUCCCUCUGUGUGUGUGUGUGUGUGUGUGUGCAGCGGUGUCAAGUUUAUUGCAGAUCUCUGUGCAAGACCGCAAGAGAACCUCACCCAAGAAGGGCAAGGGCGCCAGCAGCAGCAGCAGCAGCAGCGCUGCGGCGGCUCCAUCAUAGCCCGCCCUGUGGUGUGAGAGUGCCUGCGGGCCGGGCCGGGCCGGUGCAAUCCCAUCUGCUCUGCUCUGCUGGCCAUCAAUGAUUCAUCCGUCUGUCUUUCCUUCCUUUCUUCCUCCUUGUUACCCUACCCUACCUUACCUUACCUGGCUUGGUUGAUGAGAUGAGUGGGGCCGGCGGGGCCUUCUUGCUGGCGUCUUGUGCCUGUGGGCGGGGCCGCGGGGGGAGGAGGGGAGGGGUGGUCGUGGUGGUUUGGUGGUGGGUGGUUGGUUGGUUGGUUGCUGGGGAUCCUAUCCGAUCCGCUGUAUUACUUACAUGUACCAAUCGUGUGCGUGCAGGCAAGGCAGGACAUUGACAUGGCGGGUGUGAGAGGGUGUGGGUGUGAGUGAGAGGGAGUGAGUGUGUGGGAGAGUGGGGCAGCUGAUCAGCUCACCCCUGCAGGCAGGUAGUGCAUUGCGGGGGUGGCUUUGGACAGGCAGGCCUCACAAGUUUUUGCUCCCCAUGGAGCCCCCUCAGACACUCACUCACGCACUUACUGCUGGCCCUGUUGUUGAGUAAUCAACGCUUCUUCAUGUGGAAAGAAGGCCCUGG